GUUUUAGUUUAUGGGGACCAUGGAUUUGUAACAUGCGCUUACUUAAAUAGAUCCUUCACAAUGGCUCUUCCAUUCCUUCCAGGAAAUAGUUUCAAUAGAAAUAUUGGAAAGGAAAACUUCCACAAGUCGCACUACCUCCAGUUAAAGAACGAAAUUGCAUAUCCUUAUGGAGAUGACAGACCAGGAAUUGGUGGAGAUAUAUUGCCUGGACAAAGAAUUGAGGCACCAACCAGUGUUUAUCCAUCCGGUCUAGGCAGUCAGCUUCCACCAUGGCUUGCAUUUGAUAAGCAGGCAUUAUCUUUUGAUGCAUACUUCCAAGAAUCUGUGCAUGAAAGACGUGAAGAACAAUAUCGUAUUAGACGGUGUAAAAUACUAUUUUACCCAGAAGAUGAUACAGUUCAAAUUGUUGAACCACGUAUUGCAAACACUGGAAUAUCACAAGGUACAAUUGUUAAACGACAUCGUAUAAAUAAACCACCACCAAAUGAUCACCUCUACUAUACUGUGUAUGAUUUCAAUGUGGGAACGGAGUUUAUAGCCUAUGGGAAAACGUUUCGUAUUGUUGCUUGUGAUCAGUUCACGUCAAAUUUUCUGCGCAAACUUGGUGUACGCCUAGGUGAACCGGAACCAAUACCAGAUGAUCCAUAUAGUAUACAUCGUAAAGCUUUCACUGAAAGUAUGCAACCUCUUAGACCAUAUGAAAGAAUGGAUAAACUUCGUCAAUUUCUUGAUCAUGAUCGUCAUGUUUUAAGAUUUUUCUGUUUUUGGGAUGAUACAGAAUCACUUUAUGGUGAUCCUAGAGAGAUGAUACUGAAUUACUUUCUGGCUGAUGAUACAAUCGAAAUACGUGAAAUUAUACCGGCUAAUUCAGGUCGUGAUGCUGUUCCAUGCUUUUUACGUCGUCAAAAACUACCACGUUCAAUUUCACCGAUACCGUUACCUGGUGUGGUAACUGAUAGAACACUACUAAAUGUAUUUGGUCAUUCACAAAAAGGUGGACAUUAUGUACUUGACAGUUUAAAGCUCGGUGCACCCAAGGAUGACUUUUACAAAGAUCAUGAUUUGACAAUCGGUGCAAGUAUUAACGUUUAUGGUAGAAAAUUCUUAAUCUGUGAUUGUGAUGAAUUUACCAAAGAAUACUAUCGUAUUAAAUACGGUUUACAUGAGUUUACUCCAGUUAAACCUAAAUUACCAGAUACUCGUAUCCCUGUGAAACGUGAAAUCCCACCAUACAAUGGCUGGGGUACAGAAGAAGAUUCAUUGGCUAACUGUUUUAGUCUUAUACCAACAGCACCAAAUCAUAAUUUCAAACAGUUUAUGGAACUGGAUCGUCAAGGCAUAGAAUCUCAUAUUCUACGUUUUGCUGCACGUCUACUAUCUGAAAGACCAGUGGAUCGUGAACGCCAAUUUGUGAUUAGUUGUUACCUGUCAGACGACACAAUUUCAAUCUAUGAACCACAACAAAAGAAUUCAGGUUUUAAAGGUGGUCUAUUCCUUGAACGUUCAAAAAUUAAAAAACCCGGGACAAAAUUAUUUAAUACAAAACCAAGUGAAUAUUAUAAACCAACAGAUUUAUAUGUUGGCGCUAUACUUGAUUUUAACACAUUUCUGUUUGAAUUAAUUGAAGCUGAUAAUUAUACAUUAGAUUAUAUGGAGAAAAAUGAUUCACAAUUUACAAAAUCUAAUCAUAAAUUAAUAUUAGAUAAACUUAGACCAUUAAUUGAUGGAAAAUGUGAUGAAAUGCUGAAGUAUGCAGUGAAUCAAGAUCCAGAUAAUACAGGAACAUUCGGUUUUAAUCAAAUGAAGUGUCUUAUUGAUCAGUUGACUGGUAAAGAGAAUGCAUUAACAACGCAUGAACUUGGUACAUUGGCAAGAUAUUAUGGUGUAAAAUCAUCAAAAUCAAUCAGUCAGGAAGUUGUGCUUGGUAUAGCUCAACAAACACUUCGCAGACAGGCAUUUGAAGAUUUCUCCAGUCUAUUAUUUGCUUGUCGUCAACAGGAUUCAGAGAAAACAGGUGAAAUAGAUCGUCAGUCACUACGACGUAUAUGUUUAGCUCAUCAUUUGCCAUUACCAGAUGAUAUGCUGCAUUCAAUUAUGGAUUACUUAGCCAAUGAAAAUGGUUUAAUACAGUAUGAACUGUUCAUGAAUCAACUCAACUGGAAAUGUCCCACAACCGAAGGAAUGUCAAUCCAAGUACCAUGUGACUAUACAGGCAAUGUGGAAAUCGACUGGCUAUCAGUGAGUAAGGGUGAUGCACCAAAAUCGCUUGGUCUUUCUGGUAGUUCUAAAUCAAAAGUUGAACGCGUUAACUAUAAAUAUUUGAUCAAUGAUUUAUGUGGAAUAGAAGAGAGAUGUACUUAAUUUAUCAUUCAAUCAACAGAAGAUUAAUUUAUCUUCAUUGUUUCAUAAAAAGUAUAUCUAAAUAGGCUUCGUUGCAUAGAUUUGAAAGAUGUCCUAUUGAUAGUUAACUGUAGUUAAACAAAAUGCAUAGAUAAGAUGGAGGAAAAAAGGAAUGAUAAUUUUAUUCAAAUAUUAAAAGCAGUAAAAAAUAAACACCAUUCGAAUACGGAAUGGUAACUCAUAUGAUAAGAAGUAACGCAUUUGCUUAAAAAAUUAAAAAAAUUUCUCUUUCGACAUCCCUUAACUUCUGUACAUCCUCUGGCUUUUAUUAUCAUUCGAAA